AUAAUUAUUGUUUGCGGUGCAAUGGUCAAAGGUUGUCCUUUUCAGUGCCGCGAACCAGAGUGCGAAACCAUAGUUCCUUGUGCGAUUCAGUUUUAACACUGGGUAGGGUAGUCUUCUCUUUCAAAAGACGAUGGCCUUGAUCAUUUGGCCAGGCUGGAUUUCAAAAAGCUGACAGGGUAGGCCUACCCGGCCGUUGUGUGGGACAAAAACAAGCUUCGGCCGUCAGUUUCCACAUUGAUUAUGUCGAAGCGGUUAUUUCUGCUCUGGACUGAUUCUUACACCGACUUACAAAAGAUGGCCUCCGAGCAAGUGUAUAAAAUCCUGUUUUUCCUCCAGUCUGCAGCCUUCACCUUAUUCAUCAUAAGCUGAAGGGGAAUUCUCAACGCUGAAUAAAUGUAUCGACGCAUAGAGCCACUGAGAAACCCUUGACAAGGUACUCGACCGAUGUGCGGGUUAAAGUAAGUUUCGGCGAUCGGUGUCUACAUUACUUAGGUCGAAACGGAUAUUUCUACUCUGAUUCUUGAACAGACUUGCAAAAGAUGGCCUCCGAGCAAGUGUAUAAAAUUCUGUUUUUCCUCCAGUCUGCGGCCUUCAUCUUGUUCAUCAUUAAUUACUCCCAAGACUCCAGUCUUGUACUUAAGCCUGUGAGGAAGCUGACUGAUAAGAAACCAUGUGGGUGUAUAAAUGGCACCCGAGAGAUAUUUCAAAACACCAGUGUUAAUGCUUCAGUAGAUCCAUUCAGACGGGGACCCUUGUCCAAUUGCAGCUUGUACGACAUCAAGAAGAGACCUGGUGUUGUCAUGUUGACCACAGCAAACCUUGCGUAUGUAGAUGUGGUGCUGAACAUGCUAGAGAGCGUCAAAAGGGUGGGCAUUUGUAUAAACACAACAGUCAUCGCAGAGGAUCCGAAGGCUUACGAUAUCUUGAGCACAUAUGCCAAGGGGGAUCCAGCAGUUUAUGUCCAAAGGACCAAUUCUGGAGAAAUGGACGUCAUUGAACACUCGCGUCGCCAUCGCAGCCAGUACUACGGAAUUAUGAACAAGCGCCAGGCGUACAUUUUGUCUUUUCUAGAAAAAGGUUUUGAGGUUCUGUUUACCGACUCUGACACGUUUUGGUUCAGGGACCCCUUUCCACAUUUCCAGGGAGAUUUCGACAUGUGUCUCAGAGGAUUUACUCCUACCAGAAUAGUAAAGAAAACUAAUUUCUGCGCUGGCUUUAUAUACCUGAAACCAACCAAAGCGACAAUCCAGUUUGUGAAGGCAUGGGUCGAAAUUUUAGAUUCCAACAAGAAAAAGGGAUCAUACCCGGCUGAUCAGUCAGUAAUGAAUGGACUAUUGAAAGGUGACAAACCUGUGCACGUGAAUAUCAAAAUGUUAGAUGCUGACCUGUUUCCAUGGGGCCCGACAUUUUUCAAUCCAAAAUGGCAGAAGCAGAAUCACUCAACUGUUGUCAUGCAUGCCGCUAGCAUACGUGGUCAUCCUGCAAAACUGAAAAAGUUCCGAGAAUUUGGUAUGUGGCUUGUGAAUGUCACCGUCCCGCCUGCCCCCCGUUAAAACAAAACUGAACCCGGAUAAGUGGAAAAAAGGUCUACUUCAAGAGUGAAACGGAUAUAAGGAAAUCUAAUCUCCUUCCGUCUUGUUUAUUUCGUUUUGUGGGGUUCGUGUUGGCUCAUAUUGCUUAAAUUUGUUUGUUGCUUCUUUGUUUUUUGGUUUUAGAUUUCUGCUUUCAUUUCUUGCCAAUGUUAAAUUAGUGGAUGAGGUAAUAAUUGCCGAUGAUGGUUUUUUUCACCUUCAGAACUAAAACCAAAUGUGACAUAGGCCUACAUGCUGUGGCAUUCAACACAUAUUUACUCGUGUUAUCUUAACAUUCUCUAGAACCAUUUCUUGAGAAAUACACACCAAUACCAAAAUGUGUGUUGGAAGUUUUCAAGUUGGUAUCGACAACCCUUUAAAUACGUACGACUUGAAUUGUAAAAUGUUGCUUUUACAGCUCGUUAACCGAGGAAGCCAAGUGCGCACUUGAAAAGCAGCUUGCCCUGGAUAACCUGCACGAUAUGCGGUAAAGGGGAACGCCCCCCCCCAUGUGACGCACAAGUUGUAUACCCAAUAUACCCUACUGUGCUUACUGCACCCCUUCGGAAAUCUGAUAGGAAUUCCAAAGAGUCCAUCAACACAAACGAAGACACAAUAGGGGGGGUCUCCUUCACCGCACAUCUUGCGUCAUAUGUCCCCCCCCAUACACGCCCAGUACAGCUGUAGUGAACUUGAAAUUCCAGACAAACACACAACUGCGGUCCCAGCGAAAAUGUGCACAUUUCUAUGGGGAGAAAAUUUGUUACUGCGAAAUCGCAUUGUACGAAAUUCCCGUUACAACGAAAUGUUUUUGUCAUUCCGAUGCCUGAAAAAACAUUGCUGACGACCCAUUUAUAUAACAAGCGUUUACAAAUGAAAACAAGUGUACAAUGCAAAUGAAGCAAUGCUACACUGGUUCCUGCCGCGCCGAACCAUCGCCAAAAAGCAUAUUAUAUUAAAGGGAAAUGCAGCAGCCAGUUUACCUGUUUACAUGUACAUAUUCCAGUCCCAAAAGCAUCAUGCUUUGCGCUGCAUCUUAUAUGAAUGCAGCUCUACUGUUGCAAGUCAAAAUAUCACUGCCGUUUCAAAAUUUCUGAAAGUUCAUUCAAAUAGAUUGAUCUCACAGCUAUGUUUGUAUUUUCCGGGUUCAUGAAUUUUAUUUGAGGUUGUACUGCUCAUACCAUAUCUCGGGCGCAGGCGGCCGCACCGCAGUGGGCCAGUGAACCCAGACUUUCGAUCAAUCGUGGUCAUGCACGUAGUGCCGAACAUCAACAGAAGGAAUAUUGAAUACAAUGUCUCUCCAUGGCACAAUUUGUGUUUGAAAGACUACUGACAUGGAUAGGCUUCCAGUUGAUGAGUCUUCACAUUCUUGCAGGUACACGUACACACAACUCCAGGUAUGCAUGCCGAUAAGUUAGCUUCGUCCUCAUUCAUGGCGAUCGAAAGUCUUUAAAAAUCCUAGAAAAGUAUUAAAAAAAACAGAGGAAAACUUGAGAAUUGUUAGAUAAGAGGUGCGUUUAGUCAAAUUAGAUUUUUUGGAAAUUAGAAGUUAAUGAAGGAAUACAGACUGAGAGUUAAUAAUAGAAACUGAGAAUUCAGACGAAAAACUGAAAACUCGAAGGAAGAGGUUGGUAGAGAAUUUUGAAUGUUAACUAAACAGAAUUUAACGACGAUGUUGAGACUUUAAAGAUUAAAGGAAUAAGGACAAGAUUCAGAUGAAGAUCAACAGAAAAUAGAUAAUUCAAUAUGGGAAAGUGAUAAAUCAAACAAGAAAGAUCUGUAGUUGUGAAAGUAUAAAAGAUUUUGGUAAUUUGAAAGAACCGAAGGAGUACGUGUAUUAAAUUGAAGUGUAAACUGAAAGAUUUUAGUGAAUUGAGAAUUAAGAAUCAGUUUCUGAGAAGUCUGAUAACAAAAAGCGAGGGAGGCAAGACGAGUAAGAAUUCCUGAACAUUAUAUGUGACAUUGAUUGAUUGGAACUGAAAAUUAACACCGCACACAAAUUCUGUUGAUACUUUAGAAAUUGUAGGUGCAUUUAGAAUGGGGCACGUUUUAACUCGUAAAUACUCUGUACAGUUCGACUGUCGCAUCUAGGCUAUGAAUACAUUUUGAUAUGUGAAAAUUCAGCAAAGUAUGGUAGGCGACUUUGAAAAAAACAUUCUGAAAACGUGCAAUUACUUUUAAUACGUUAUAGUUGCGUGGAGAUUUUAACAAUCAGCCGUUGACUUUUAGUGAAUAAUUAGCGAUAAUGUAGUGGCUUUGGUGGAAUAUAUUUUCAUAAGUCAAGAUUGUCUGAA